AUGCUAUCAAACGGUAACUAGCUACAGUUUUUGUGAGGGGACAAAAAUGCUCUAUCGCACGCAGGCUCACUGACUGAUGGAACCAAGUUUGACUCAUCCCGGGACAGAGGCAAGCCUUUCAAGUUCAAGAUUGGCAAGCAGGAGGUGAUCCGUGGCUGGGAGGAGGGGGUUGGACAGGUAAGAAGGUUCUCCUGGGUGUGUGGCCCAGUUGGUAGAGCAUAAGCUUGUAAUGCCAGGGUUCAAUUUCCACGGGGGACCAGUACGAAAAAUGUAUGUGCUCACUACUGUUAAAUCAUGAGCCACUCUGGAUAAGAGUGUCUGCUAAAUGACUAAAAUGUAAAUUUAAUGAUUAAACCAAUUUUCAUUCAUUUGGAAAAUCCAAAAAUGUGUUUAGGAGUGAUUUGCAAGGACACAAUGUGAGGGUUAUGUUAUUGAAUGACAUCUUCAAAAUAGGACCUAUUUUGUUUCAGAUGAGCGUGGGCCAGAGAGCGACCCUGACCUGCACGCCAGACUUCGCCUAUGGCAGCAAAGGGCACCCUGGCAUCAUCCCACCCAACUCUACACUCAUCUUUGAUGUGGAGCUGAUGAGCCUGGAGUGAAGCCUGUGUGCACUCGUUACGUGUUUAAUUCCACUCAGAUUUUCAGGGUGAGAGAAUUCUACAAACAAUCGUCUACAAUAAUUGCGCUCCACUGUUGGUGUUUAACUACAGAGUAGAUUAGUGGUAAGAGCUUAAGAGCUCAUUAGAAUGUGUUUUACAAGCUUUGGUGCUCAUCUCCCAUAAUCCCCUCUGUCGUGUCUCUUCUGUUAACCACAGAACUGUAUCCCUGUCCCCCUCUGCAGGUUGACUCCUAUCUUGGGAACAUGGAGGAAAAUGUUAAAGGAAGAUUAAUGCACUUGACUCCUGUAAAAGACUGUCUAAUAGCUUCACCACUUCACUCUCCUUCCCAUUUAGAUUCAAAUGUGUUUUUGUCACUUGCUUAAUACCUUAUCCUUGAUCUAGCUUGUCGUAGAACACCCUAACAAGUCAUAGGCCAUACCUUUCAGAUAUCAUGUCAUUUUAUUCUGUUACGUAUGUUUAUGGUAUUGUUUUUUCUUUUUACUUCAAAUGUGUAAGUCAUGCCUGCCAUCAGGGGUAGGUACUGACACAAUUUGGGAUAAAGUAUCAUUACACAAAUAUUCAAUUUGAACUCAUUCUUGUGGCUCCGUGAGUGGCCUUGCUUUAGCAACUUUUUUGAAAAUGUGUUCAAUGUGGACAUGAUAAUUGAGAAAAAAAAUCAAUAAAUGACUAUUUACCUAAAUGGAUUGGGUUAAUGUAAUUUGAUUACAGAAGCUAACUUAAAUUAAUAUUAGUGAUUUUUUUAGUAUAUAGAUAUUUUUCAGUUGCAUCAACCUUAACUUUCUGUAUGAAACACUGAAUAGCACGGCACAAACUGUCUGUUGGCAAGACCAAAUAUACACACACACACACAGAGUACCAAUCAAAAUUUUGGAAACCUACUCAUUCAAGGGUUUUUCU